ACUGCUCUGCUUCUAGGGUUUAUCCUCUUCUCCUGCAGCUCGGAUUUCUUCCAUCCUCGAGCAAUGGCGUCGGUGCAGCUCUGCGGCUCCGCGGUCGGUGCGGCUGCCCCAGUCCAGGGCCUCCGCGCACCCACGUCGGCUGCUGUCGGGGUCCGCCCGGCGCGGAGGGCGGUCGGCGGGCUCGUCGUCAGGGCCGCCACCGUCGUCGCCCCCAAGUACACGACGGUCAAGCCCUUGGCCGACAGAGUACUUCUCAAGACUAAGACCGCUGAGCAGAAGACAACUGGUGGAAUAUUGCUCCCUUCAGCUGCUCAGUCUAAACCUCAGAGCGGUGAGGUAGUUGCUAUUGGAGAGGGAAGAAUCUUUGGGGAUAGCAAAGUGGAAGUCGGCAUCAAGGUUGGUGCUCAGGUUGUAUAUUCAAGGUAUGCUGGAACAGAGGUGGAGUUGAAUGAUGCCAACCAUCUGAUUCUAAGAGAGGACGAUAUCAUUGGUAUUCUGGAGACAGAUGACGCGAAAGACAUGAAGCCUCUUAGUGACCGUGUUCUUAUCAAGGUAGCUGUAGCUGAAGAUAAAACUGCUGGUGGUCUGCUGCUUACCGAUAGUGUUAAGGAGAAGCCAUCUAUUGGAAUGGUUGUUGCCGUCGGCCCAGGCCAUCUGGACGAGGAAGGCAAGAGGAUCCCGCUGCCGGUCUCUGAAGGCAGCUCUGUUCUGUACUCGAAGUACGCCGGCGCCGAGUUCAAGGGUGCUGACGGCACAAACUAUAUCGUGUUGAGGGUAUCCGAUCUGAUGGCUGUCCUCUCCUGAGCUAGAUUUCGCCAGGCAUGUGCGGGCGCAAGCGGCAGCAUUUUGAUCAUAAAUUGUUCCAGGGAAAACUGGAUGCAUCGCAUGAAGAGUAAUGAGGAGGUCCCCUUCGGUGUCUGGCUUCAAGUACUCGUGCGUUCUAUCUCUUGGCCCUGUCAAGGUUGUGUUGUCAGCAUGAUACUGUUAGUUGAUGAUCCGGUUUUUGGUCCUACUGUGCACCAAGAUUAUAAAUCAAAUUGGACUGCACACAAUCACAA